AAGAACAAUUCGAGCUUGAGUAAAUGAUGCCAGCUGGGCUGAGCAGUCUGGCGGGCUGUAGCGCAAAGUGAUUUCCAGGAAAUUGGAAGGCUCGCUAUUCUUAAGCGUUUGGCGAGCCUGCAACGGUAAUCUUUGCUCGGCGCCGAGGAAGCGGAGGUGCGGCCGAAGACCAUGCCAGGAGCAUGGCGUCAGUGCGGGCCGAGCGGCAUGCGAGGUAUGCAAGGCGUGGAAUGCCCAGCAUCCUUUGGAGCCAUUUGAUAUUGGCAGCGAGAGCAAGAUUUACGACGGGAGCUUUGAGACUGAGAAUUUCAGGCUGGGAUCACUGUGCAAAUCAAAGCAGGGCUGCCAAAGACAGACAGCUGCACGUGCACUUAGAUGUGUGUUGCAUUUGCAUGGUGUCAGUUGCUUUGUUUGAAAUCGGGGUACCGGUAUUCUGCAUUUGGCUUGGCAGCCUCAGGGUGAAACAUAAACUGGACUUCUUGUGCUGUAGAUGCAGCCAUGCCAAUGCAGCAAGACUUGAUUUUUGCGCGAGCAGGAAAAGGCUUGCAGCAUGAUGUUGAAGCAGGCCUCGAGGCUUUUCAUGGCAACAAUGAGUCGUGGAACGAAUGAUUCUGCUCAUAGAGGUCGUGUUGCCGCUUGGUCCAUCCGUAUCUCGAGUCUGGCCAAAAGGCCCAGGUUCUCAGGAAGUAGCUUGAAGUAGCUGUGUCCGCCGCCCACGCCCUCCAUGUGUGUGGUUUGCAGCCGUAAGGGGGGGCCUUCGGCAAUGAUGACUUGCCAGAUGUGCCCGCCGGACGCGUGCUGUGCGGUGGAGGUGCAUGAGGACCUGCACAACGACCAUGCAAACAGCGCCGAGUUGUGCCAGUCUCUUGGCUUCAAGUCCCAGCUUGUCCUGUGCCCAGUGAAUCACCUCAAGAACGCCACCAGAAGCAAGGCUCAAACCUUGCUCAAGAGCAAGGAGCUCUUUGUAAGGAAGGACAAAGAUUCUGAUGUGGAUGGGCAAGAUGAAGCAGAUCCAGCCAGUGCUGCAGCGAUCGCACACCCCCACUCGACCCAGACGGCCCAGGCACCAAGACGCCCUCGUGCCAAUCCGCUUUCCCAAGCAAACAUUGGCCGCUUUGGGGGCGGUCGCAACAACAACGGCACCGAACGCUGUGAAUUCUUUCGGCAGGGGUGGUGCUGGAAGGGAGAGGGCUGCACCUUUCGACAUAGAUAAGCAUCGGCGUGCUGGAUCAAGUCCUUCUGGCCAAGUUGCUGGCAAUAUAUCAACGUACAUAGAGGUAUAUAAAGGCAUAUGGCAGUUCAGUAGUCGGUCACGUUCCAGGUUGAUUGUAGCAGGAACGUAACGUUCGGGAACCUGGGCUUGUUGGGGCGCGCUUUUUGGCAUCUCUUGAGUGUAGACCGGAAACGUCGAAACAUGCCAACAGGCGCCAGUUUGAAUUGAGGCCUCCCUUGGCACAAGCGCAACACACGUGCUGUGCAGUGUAAAUAAUCUUCACGCUGAUCCUAUCGUGUGCACAACGGACAGGCUGCGGGGAUCAGGUGUCAACGGAGGUAAGCCUCUUUCAGUAGCAUGUUUCCGAGCACGAUUCAAUAGCAGCAGUCAUGAGCUGUGCGCGAUUUUCCUGGGUGCAGCUGCGACGGCACUCUUAAGCUGUACAGUCGCUCCCAGACACAGAUUCAAGGCAUGGCGCGCUUGG